AGGGGCGGGCUCCGUAUGAUGAAACCUGCCCGCAGCUUUCAGCAGGCGGCAGGGGAGGAGCUCGGCUACCGCUCGCCGCCUGGCAGCGGACGCGGACACGGCCGCGGCCGCUUCUUUCUCUGCUCGGCGCAUCGUGGACGGCGGCGCUCCCUGCAGGCGGCCGGCACGGUUGUCGUGUCCUGCAUAUAGGUCAGGUAACUCAGCAGCUUCACAAUGUGUGGCAUCUGGGCCUUGUUUGGAAGCGAUGAAUGCCUUUCUGUGCAGUGUCUGAGUGCCAUGAAGAUAGCUCAUAGAGGUCCUGAUGCAUUUCGUUUUGAGAAUGUCAAUGGAUUCACCAACUGCUGUUUUGGUUUCCACCGCCUUGCGGUUGUUGACCAGCUGUAUGGCAUGCAGCCGAUCCGGGUGAAGAAGUUCCCUUACCUGUGGCUGUGUUACAAUGGAGAAAUCUACAAUUUUAAACAGUUGCAGAAGCAGUUUGGAUUUGAGUAUCAAACGCUGGUGGAUGGUGAGGUUAUCCUUCAUCUUUACAACAGAGGAGGGAUAGAACAAACAGCAUCCAUGCUGGAUGGUGUAUUUGCUUUCAUCCUUCUGGACACAGCAAACAGAAAAGUGUUUCUUGCAAGAGACACCUAUGGAGUCAGACCACUGUUUAAGGUGCUGACUGAUGAUGGAUUUUUGGGUGUCUGUUCUGAGGCAAAAGGACUUAUCAACUUAAAGCAUUCAACAUCCUUAUUUCCUAAAGUGGAACCAUUUCUUCCGGGUCAUUAUGAAGUGCUGGAUUUGAAGCCCUCUGGCAAGGUUGCGUCAGUGGAAGUAGUAAAGUUUCAUAGCUAUAAAGAUGAGCCACUCCAUGCUGCUUGUGAUACAGUGGAAAAUCUGCCUUCAGGCUUUGAUCUUGAAACAGUGAAGAGCAACAUCCGUGUUCUGUUUGAAAAUGCUGUUAGAAAGCGUUUGAUGGCUCACAGAAGGAUUGGUUGUCUUUUGUCAGGAGGCUUAGAUUCCAGCUUGGUUGCAGCUGUUCUUCUGAAACUGAUGAAAGAAAUGAACAUAAAAUAUCCACUACAAACCUUUGCAAUUGGGAUGGAAAACAGUCCUGAUUUACUGGCUGCCAGAAAGGUGGCAGCUCAUAUAGGCAGUGAACAUCAUGAAGUAAUAUUUAAUUCUGAAGAGGGAAUUCAGGCAGUAGAGGAGGUUAUCUUUUCUUUGGAAACCUACGAUAUAACAACAGUAAGAGCUUCAAUUGGUAUGUAUCUUGUCUCCAAAUAUAUACGCAAGAAAACAGACAGUGUGGUCAUUUUUUCGGGAGAAGGAUCAGAUGAGUUGACUCAAGGAUAUAUAUAUUUCCAUAAGGCACCAUCUCCUGAGGAGGCUGCAGAAGAGAGCGAGAGGCUUCUGAAGGAGCUCUACCUGUUUGAUGUACUUCGUGCAGACAGAACUACUGCAGCACAUGGUCUUGAGCUAAGAGUCCCAUUUUUGGAUCAUCGCUUUACUUCUUACUAUUUAUCUCUACCAGCAGAACUGCGAAUCCCAAAGAAUGGAAUCGAAAAAUACCUUUUAAGACAGUCCUUUGAAGAUUCCAACUUGCUUCCCAAAGAAAUACUCUGGAGACCCAAAGAAGCUUUCAGUGAUGGUAUAGCAUCAGUAAAGAAAUCCUGGUUUUCUAUUCUUCAGGACUAUAUUGAUCAACAGGUUGAUGACCUUCUGCUGGAAAAGGCAGCGGAGAAAUAUCCUUUCAAUCCUCCUAGAACAAAAGAAAGUUACUACUACCGUCAGAUCUUUGAGAAGCACUACCCAGGGCGAAGCAGCUGGCUGCCCCACUACUGGAUGCCAAGAUGGGUUAAAGCAACUGAUCCUUCUGCUCGCACACUGAAACAUUACAAGUCAGCUGCUCAAGAGUAGCUGUUGAUAGAAUCAAUCCUAAAUACAAGUGCUGCAAGCAAUUUGCAUGCGCUCUCCUUUUAGAAGAAAAAAUAAAUAUGCAAAUCUAAAGCUUAAGUGGUCUUUGAGAUAGAUUUUGAAAAUGCUAUUGAAAAUAAGAGCUUUCUGUAGUUAUUCUACUACGAAAUUCAUCCUGCUGUACCAAAAUUUUGAAAUUCAUGGGAAAAUACUUUUUGGAAAACUUUGGUUCCUUAUGUGAUGGUCUCAAAUGUAUUGAUUUGCCUCGCAGUCAUCUAACAUAUUUUAUUGUGAACUCUGCAUUGAGGACUCAAGGCAAAGUGACGCAAACUGUUGUUGGUCCUGCGAGAAUAAGGCAAGUUCACCUGAGCUGUUCAGAGAUCUGUAUGCCUCAGUGUGGGGUUUGGAUAUAUUACUCUGUUCUGAAUGUCUUUCAAGUAAUUCAUGAGAACCUUGGUCUAACUUUGAAGAGAAUACGUAGCUAUGCAGAGGUGCUUACUAGAGUUGAUAAUGGUGGUGGUGCUGGAUCAUACUUAAAUGAAACUAAUGGGAAUCUUGUUAGCGUAAAGCCACAAGUUGUCCCUUUUGAAUCUUUUAAAUAUACCACCUGUCUGAGGUUAGCUGUGACUAUUAUCGAAGAGAAGCUGAGUUACAUCUUUAUUUCUAACUCAGGGGCUUCAAUUUUUAAAUGUAUUUAUUAUUCUUGAAAAUAGAGCGUUAACAGGGUGAUUUGUGUCAGUCUGAUGGAAGUUACUAUGACUAUUUUACUAUGACUAAAUAUUUUAAGGAUUUUUUCACUUACUGUGAGAUGGAAAGGUAGACUGUUGCCACUUAGCUGCAUGUCAUCGACUGUGUGGUGAGCCAGCCCUCAGCCAUAGGUCGUCAGACAAAGCACCUUUGAAGACAAUGGGAUUAGGGACCUUGCUUAAGAAAAUGGAAAAAGGAAAAGAAAAGAAGAAAGAUUUCAUAAAGCAUAAGAAUUUUUAAUGCUCUGCCAAAAAAAAAAGAAUUUUUUUUUUUUUUUUAAACUCAGGACAAAUUUUUAAUAAUUAUGUAGGAACAGGGGCUUUUUUAAAGGUAACUUGAAACAAAAGUAUGAGCACUACAGACUGACUUGACUAUCAUUGUGCUAGACAGUAGUCUAGUUUAACGUCCCUUUUGACAGGGAAACCGAAGCCAUAAGCACUUCUGGUAUUAAAAAAAAAUAUUUCAUAAGGUGAUUGAUUGUCCAUUACUUUUUUCACCCCUCCUAAUCCAUUGAAUCUUUUUGAAUUUCUGAAUUUGCCUCUUUGAUCCAGAAAUCUCUCAGUACUGUGGAGCUCAGGAACUGUCCAGCUUUACUAGAAGUGGCCUUGCACAUACUUGUUAUCAGCGUGCCAUGAGUAAGAUAAUACGUUCCUGCAGACCUAUUUACAUAAGGGUCAUAUGUUUGCCUUGGGUUUUUUUGUUUUUUUUUUUUGAAGCACUAAAGUAUAUUUUGACUUGGGCAAGGAGUAUAGAGUGUAUUGAUUGGCUUCUGCUGUGUAAAGAUAAGACCUGUUACUGUGAACUUUCCAAGGCUCAGCUGGUAUGAAAAUGCCUGCAGUAAAAAAAUAGAUGCAGCACAUGUUCUCUCAUCACUCUAAUGCACAUUCUGCUGCAAUGUUGUUCACUUGUGAGAUAAGGAAGAGCAACAAGCAGGUGGUAGGCUGUAGGAGGGAUAAGUAGUCUUGUGGAAGAGUCAGAUAUUUAAGAAAAACUACCAUAAUUCUUUUUAAUUCACAGUGCAUUGGGCAUUUACUUAGUAAGGCAAGAUCCUAUACUGGUGAUCCUAAUUAUUAUAACCAUUUUCUGGAGUCCUGAGGAGGAAGGCCUUGUUUGUGCGCCUUGUUCUCAUUAAGGGCAUAUAUGGUAGGGGUCUCAGGAGUAAAAACCUAUUAAUUCAUUCCCCAUAUAUAGGCAUGAAUUCUACAGCCUUUAUGACUUUUGUGAAGCCGUGUAGUUUUUUGGGUUUUUUUGUUUUUGUUUCUUUGGGUUUUUUUUCUGAUUUAAGGCAACAGCCACAUGUAGUUGGCCAGGUGGCUGAAGAUGGACUUGUAGCUUGGAGAGUGGGAUGGAGAUCCAGCGUGCAACACCCUUCUUAGUGGUUUUCAUAGAUUCACAGAAUGGCCUGGGUUGAAAAGGACUUCAAAGAUCAUCGAGUUUCAACCCCCUGCUAUGUGCAGGGUCAACAACCAGCAGACCAGGCUGCUCAGAGCCACAUCCAGGUCUUGAAUGCCUUCAGGAAUGGGGCAUCCACAACCUCCUUGGGCAACCUGUUCCAGUGCCUCACCCCCCUCUGAGUGAAAAUUCCUCCUAAUAUCUAACCCAAACCUCUCCUGUCUCAGUUAAAACCAUUCCCCCUUGUCCUAUCACUAUCCAUCCUCAUAAACAGCCGUUCUCCUCCUGUUUCUGUGCUCCCUUCUAGUAUUGGAAGGCCACAAGGAGGUCUCCCCGGAGCUUUCUCUUCUCCAAAAAGUUUUACUUUUUGUCUUUCUGCGUUCACCUCCUUUUCUUUCUACAUUUAAUUUGGGGAAAAAAAUAAUCGGGACUAUGUUCACACAUUAUUAUAACCGAUUAGGAAUCAGCAAGCAGGGACCACUUUUCUCUAUGAAGAAGCCUGCAUUUUGGCAGGGCGGAGCACCGCUGUGCUGCAGGGCAGGCAGAAUUCCUUCUCGGCCCUUCCCGGCCGGCAGAGGGCAGGCGCUGGCAGCCCGGCGCCGUGAGCAGCCCGCUCGUGAUCCUGAAAGCCGCUGUUGUCCCGUUCCGCUUUGUGUCCGGAGCUCGGUUUUUCACAUGCGCUUGUUGAUGGGAUUUUUUUAUUAAGCAUUAGAUUAGAAUAGGAGCAAAGAUCAUAGAAAGGAAAGGUUUGAUUAAACUUGCUCGCGAGAUACCGCGCAGAGCUUAUUAUGCUGGUGCUGCAGGUGAGAAGGCAGCUCAGAGCUAAAUGCACUGAGUGCACUCAUUAUUGCGUUUGAAAGUAAUUUAAAACCAGUUAUGAUAUUACAAAUCAGAAGUGUGAAACAAGUAGAUAAUGCUAGUUCUAAGGAAUGUGUAAGGUAGCACUGGGCAGGGGAAUGGGAAACAUUGGUUUUAUUCUGAGGUCUACCCCUCCAUACCAUUCUUGUGAUUGUUAAUAUAAGGAGCAUAGGUGUUCAUGCAGUGUGUGACCCUCUGUGUGCCCGGGAGUCCUGCUAAGAAGCUGCCUGCAAAAAGAGCAGCCCCCAUUUCUGCUACUUCCAAAGCUAUCAGUAGUCACCUAUAUUAAUAAAUGGUGUUAUUUAACAUCUCUCGCCACCGCUCUUGAAGACUGCUCUUAACACCUGGGGCAAAACAUAUAUUAAUACAAAUUGCUUUUGAUUAAAACCAUUAUUAUUUUAGCACAAAAAGGAGGGGGGUAGUGAUGCAAAUUAUUGGCUGACUGACGGCUUGCUAAUAAUAGCUUAAAAAUGCAAAUAGAAUGAUUAUCCCAAUUGAUGCUAAUUGUAACUCUUAUGGCAGCCUCUGAGGACAGGGCAGGAAGAUGAUGUGAUUGUUUCCUCCAGCUUAAAUCAGGUAGGUGAGGAAGCAUAGGGGAGCUGCACGGUGGGUGAACAGGUUGCUGUUACCUGGGCAGAUGAUAGGCUGCCCUCUGCAGAUGUUUGGAUUCCUUGCGGUGUAUUUCAGGAAUGUGCAGGAAUCCCAGCUUUGAGCAGUCUGCCCUUCCUGGUCUUUUCUGAAUUGCAAAAAGGAUUUUUUCUUCACUGCCCGCAGCUGAAAAGUCUGCUGACACAGAGGAUUCCACACAGAGCCAGUGUCUGGGAAUUUAGAGCUUCAUGGGCCAUAAAUUAGUAUGAAUUUUUAGUGCAGAAUCUGGUUUAGGUGGUGGUAGAGUUGCCUAUCUUGGCAGUGGAUGAGUUACUCAUGCAAAAGGUGCAUUGCCAACUCGAAGGUCAUUGAGAAAAGAGAUGUGUGCAUUUUGGAGUGAUACCCAGCUCCAUUUUCUGAAAUAAUGCCUCACAUGUCGUUCUGUGAGGCACAGUGAGAUGCUGCUAUCAGCACAGGUUUUGAACUUCUCAUUUUCUAAGGGGAUAGGAAACUUGUGCUCAGCUCCUCACUCCAACAUAAACUUCCCUGAUGAGCUGCAAAAAGCAAUUCAGCCCCUCUCCCCUCUUUAGCAGAGCCAUUUCAUUUCUCUGCCUUCUGAAGAUGCUGUGGAGGUAAGUUCAGGAAUGGCCAGCUGGGAUGCACGUUUUCUUCACUUCUGGCUGCGUGUGCUCCCUUUGAUACAAUGAUCUUGGUUUGGAGUUUUCAGCAGGAAGGUGGAAUUUUUGUUAUUAUUUUUUCUUCUCUGCGGGAGAAAAAUGGGGAUCUAGAACUUAAAUAUGUUUCUGGAGGGGGGAAGUGAAGCAGGCUUCCUGUCUCUUUGAAGUGUAAUUGUGCAGCAUAGCCAUGAGAUUGAGGCUGUACUUUGAUGCUGUGUGCCAGGAGACGCUCCUGGACAGCUGUGUCCCUACUGAAUGUUUGUUGCCCUUUGGGGCAUCAGGAAGGUCAUGUGGCUGAGAGGGUCAUGCCAUGGUGCCAGUGAGCCCAGGCAGAGCCACCAGCUCAGAUCUGGCCAGGCCAGGGUAGUUGUGGAUUGAAACACUUCCAGCAGUGUUACUCAUUCAAAUGAGGGCCUGUAGGACUUGGUCUGGGAGGAAGAUAAUUUGAGUAUACGUGGGCAGUGUGCAAUUGUAAGGUGAAUGUCAUGAGGGCAAAAGUCAGAAGCUCAUGUAGGUGAGGGGUGAGAAAGGGGAUGGAGCCAUACCUGUGCUCCCAGAAACCUACAGCCUUCCACAGGGAGAAGCCACCAAUGGUGCUGGUAGGUCUAGAGGUGUCUCUUUGGUGUGUUGUAGUUGUUUUUUUUUUCCCCUUGUCUCCCUGUAUUUUCCAAAUCUGACUUGUGACGGAUGCCAGGCUACAGAAAUUUUGUUCAAAUCCCUCAGCAUGAUCUAUUUAUUUUUAAAUCAUACUUCCUUAUCUGUUAAAGAAUUAAAUGAUUUCAAAACAGCUCAGGGUGAUUCAUGUCGAGUUUUGCUCAGAUACUUCUGCUGUGGUGCAGAAGAGCACAAGCUGAAACAGCUGGAGCUGUCAGACAGCCCUUCUGUCAUGUUUAAAAUUAAGCAUGGCUUACUGCCCCAGCUUGAAAUAGAAAAAGAAGAUAAAUGCAGUGGCUGACUCUCUGUAGAAGUGUGUCCUCUGUAUAAAUGUCUUACUGAGGUAGCCUAUGAAAGAAUCAAUUACUAUGGUGUAUUUCCUUUUAUCAUGGUCAAAAUCGUAUUUUUAUUAUUUUUGUCAUUACUUUUUGUCCCAAAUCUACCUGAUAUUUUUGUAGUCUUUUCUGCUUGGGAUUGUGAAGAUGUAUUUGCAUUUAUUUCCUCUUCCUUUUGGUUAACGUUCCUCUUCUCUUAGCACACCAACAACUGAUUAGAGACUUUUAUGAGAUAAUGAAACAAUUUUAAUAUGCAAAUACUUUCCAGUGAUGACUUGGCUCUGUCACAGUUCCUUGGAGGGAAUGAAAGAUGCUACAUUUUCCCGGUGGAUAAAAGCUGCCCUUAAUAUUUGCAGCUCUCUGGCUCCCAGCUGAUUUCUCACUGCUAAUUUUGAAGUGCCAAAGAGCAGGUCUGCAGCUGGGAUGGUAGGAAGCCUGGUGUCACAGUGGAACAAAACUUUCUUCUGUCUUCAGACACAAUACUUUACUACAGAUUAUUUCAUAGAAAUUUGGUAUUACAGGCACAUCAGCAGUUUUUAACAACUGGGUAAGGAACAGGUGAUGGGCAACCAGCACACAUUUAAGAUAAAUAUUGUUAUUAUCAGGCUGCUGACAAUAGAACAAUAUUUACAUUUGGCCUUUGAGUUCCUGUCUCACCUCUGCUAAGUCCCAAGAGCCACAGAGCACAUUCCAGGUGAUGCCUGGCACGUGGUACUUGCAGGACAGGAGAUGGAGUGGUUUUGUGCUCGGCAGCUCCACAGCUUCUUCCACUUCUGUUCCCCGUAAGCUGCAGUUCAGUGGAUGAAGAGAUAUCUUGGUGUGCAAGGCUAAGCAAAAAGUGGAGCAAGGUAACACAUUGUUUUUACUUCAAACACGGGGAGAAAGAUAGGUAAAUAGCAAAUGCAAUUGCCUCUGAAGCCACACCAUUACUUGACAGGCCAAAAUGAAUGGCUCCAUUCAGGAUACUCCAUGGAAAGUGCUUCUUGUUUAAGGUUUAUCUUUAAUCUAAAUCUCAGGAUCGUUAUUUGCUUGUUUAAUUGUUUCUAUUUUAGACAAAUCUGAAGGAAUCAAUCAAAACCAAAGUACAGGAGGUAUCACUCAUUACAUUCAAUUACAUUACCUGAAAUAAUGUUGCAAACAAUCAGGGGCCGUUUUUUGUUCCAUUAUAACUUUUGAUCUCCUUUGCUCAGUAGAGGCAAAAACAGAUUCAUGGGCACUUCAGUGGAGCAGGGCUUUGAAAAAGUAUUGAACUUUAGGACUGUGCCAUAAUCACCCUUAAAUACUACAGCAGUGGCCAAAUGGUCAGCUGGGUCAAAUGCUUAAAGUGUGUGUUUGGGAGUAUUGAGGUUGUUGUAUCUCUUGAGGUGUGUGUAAAAGGUGUAGCAAUGUGAGAGCACUGUGGUCACUUUGCUGCUCUGAACGCCUGAGCUCACUUCUCACCCUGUGUUUUGGAGCACGGUUAUCUCUGUCAGUGAAAGCUGCAUGAAAGAGGGGAUUCUGGCUGCUGGAUGGUGCUACUGGGCCCUGCUCAUGGUUUCCUUUCAGAAAGAACUUGCGUAGUUCUUCUCAAUACAGUAUUUUGUGAUACAAUUUAAAUUGUUUUAAAUAUGCUUUUUUUUUUCUUCAUUUUUUUGGAUAACCAAAAAGCUUGCAUGCUCUGAGUUUCAGAUCACCGAAAUAUCCCAUUCAGGUAAAACUGCUGAAUCUCUAGUACAAAUAGAAAUAAAUUCUUCCCUCUUGUUUCUUAGCAUCACCAUGUGAGUUAAUAGCCAAAUAUUAAUAAAGAUUAAGGAAGCGAUACUCCAUGGCAGCUUCUGCAUGUAUUUUCUGUGUCAGGAAGUGAAAACUCACUGCACAAUUCUAAGAGUUGACCAAAAGGUUGAAAGCUCAAAUCAAAAGUCCUGCUGAGAAAAUCUUAAAAAUGCUCUUUGCACCAACGAAAGAUAGAUAGAUUUUACAUAGAAUCAUAGAAUGGCUUGGGUUGGAAGGUACCUUGAAGAUCAUCCAGUUCUAACCCUGUGCCAUGGGCAGGGCUGCCCCCCCAGCAGCUCAGCCUGCCCAGGGCCCCAUCCAGUCUGGUCUUGAGCACCUGCAGGGAUGGGGCACCACAGCUCUCUGGGCAGCAGUGCCAGCACCUUACUGCCUUCUCAGUAAUGAAUUUUUUCUUAACAUCUAACCUAAAUUUCCCCUUUUUUUAGUUUAAAGACAUUCCCACUGGUCCUAUCACUAUCAGGCCAUGUAAACAGGUGAUGUCCCUUCCAUUUAUAAGCGCCUCCAAACUAAUGUGAUGAAACUCGUGAAAUUUUGUAAAAGACUCACUGAAACAUCCUAUUUCUGUUAUAAUGGAAAUAUUCUCCUUUCUGAGCUAUUUUAAUAUUUUAUUUUCUUAACGUAUUGCCUGUAAACUUCAUUUCUUGUACAGCACAAAGUUUGGGAAUCUCAUAUAAUCCUAUGACCCCGCUACAGGUCGAAAACAUCAGAGAAAGUGAGAUGUGUCAGCACUGUGUUGGCUUUGGGCACCUUUCUCGAGGAGCCUCUUGGACAAGCUUUGUAAGAAUUAGCAUUAAAAGCUUUGAAACAUCUGUUUUGCUUGGCAAAGGAAAAUAUGAAAGGUUCUAUCUUGGCUACG